UACCAAAAGGUGCGUGUCUUCUGGUUAGUAGCCACAAGGGGGCUCCUUUUGAUCGCCGGUCAGUCCACUUCGAGGCGAAGAUAAACCUUGCUGGGUUUCUGGACCUUACGUUCCGCCUGGCUUUUAACAUUGGGAGAGGGGAGCUACGUACAGAUGCAAAAAGCACUUUUAUUAAUAAAUUCAUGUUGGAGAGUUCGGAAAAUGUUUGUGGAGACGUUCAUUCGUAAUAGGAACUGAUGAUUAGAGUGUAAGGAGUGAUUGAAUUUUCAACACGACCCAUGCAACCAUGAAAUUGUAGUUCCGUGCGUAUUCGCCUACACUGUUUGUUCAAUUCCUCGUUUGUUUUCGAAUGUUAUUAUCGUAGCGACAGCAUGUGGUUUGUCCAAGUGGACUUUCCGUCCGAAUUCCAUUCCAGCGCUCCUGACAUUUUUGAAGGGUGCUAAACACCUUUUUGAGGGGUGGGGCUAUAUUUCAUAACUCUUCCUGUAUUCGUACUAGAAUGACUAAGCCCAAGAUGUAGUCGGAGCUGUACUGGUGGAAAACAUCGCUACGUGUUUUCGUUAUGAACUCGUCCCGACAGACGUAGGACCUUCUCGAGUUAGCUUAGCUUCCUAGCUGCAAACUAGAGAGGCGCUUGUUAGCCACACAACGCUCAGCAAGGGAACGAGUCCGAGUAUCAAGUGUUGAUUAUCUUUUGAAAAUGUGUGCAAAGCGCGUGAAAGCAGAACAGUCAGAGGAGGAACUCUCUGGAACUAAAAAAGCGGAGCGUCAACGGAUGGCCGCUGUUUUCAAGAGGCCUCAACAUGUAACACGCGGAGAAGACGUCUGUGAAGAAUUUCUUGCUUCUGAGCAGCCGGAGCAGGAGCCCUUUCAAACAAAUGAGGAGGAAGAGCCAGAGCUCUGCUGCAGCAAAGAGAAAGAGCAGGAGGCUGAAGCCACCGACUUUCCAUUGACCGUCAUAAAAAGUGAAGGUGAUGACGAGGAAGGAGGUGGUGGAGAUCACUGUGGCGGAUCCCAACCAGACAGCCUCUUAGCUCCACUAUCAGAUUGUGAUGACAUAAUGUCACAGUCCUCCGACGCUGAUCAGGAACACUCAAAAGGUGAGAUGAAAUGUCGCGCUGACAAUAAACACAUGAAAUGUUCGCAGUGUGACAAAACAUUUGUCAACAAGUCAGCGUUGAAAAGACACACAAGAACCCACACCGGUGAGAAACCUUUUGCAUGUUCGAUAUGUGAAAAAAGGUUCUCCAUGAAGGGACAUUUAAGAACACACACAAGAACACACACUGGAGAGAAACCUUUUUCCUGCUCAGUUUGUGGCAAGAGAUUCACUCAGAAGGGACAUUUGAUCGCGCACACAAGAACACAUACAGGGGAAGACACUUUUGUCUGCUCAGUAUGUGGUCUCGUCUUAACUCAAAAGGUGAGUUUAACAAAUCACAUGAGGACACACACUGGAGAAAAACCUUUUGCUUGCCCAGUAUGUGAUCUUAGACUGACUCAAAGGGCUCACUUAACAACUCACAUGAGGAUACAUAAAGUUGAGAAACCUUUUGCCUGUACAGUUUGUGAAAAACAAUUUUCCGUCAAGGGAAGUUUAGUUAGGCACACAAGAACGCACACUGGAGAGAAACCCUAUGCUUGCUUAGUUUGUGGUAAAAAAUUCUCCAUGAAGGGACAUUUAAUAACGCACACAAGAAUACACACUGGAGAGAAACCGUACGCCUGCUCAGUCUGCGACUUCAGCUUCAGUGACAAUUCCGCUUUGGUUCGACAUUUGAGAACACACACCGGUGAGAAAGCAUUCGGUUGCAGUGGCUGUGAUCAACGAUUUGCUUAUAAGUAUCAGAUGGACAAACACGAGUGUGCUGGGAAGAAGAGCGCCAAUCAUUGAAUCCACCCAUCCAUCUAUCAUGAGUGACCAAUCUUUUUAAAACUGAGCCACUUCCUGGGUACUGAUUGAUAGACACUUCUGAAAUAACAAGUAGAGUAUGCCCAAAUAACCUUGAUGUGUUAUUAUGAAUCGUUUACCAUAUUUGUUUUUGGGACGACACCGAUCAUGUUCACGAUUGCUCACAAUAAUUAGGAAAGAACACUUUAACGCUUUAUUUUGAUAAAUCUCUGCCAGGUAUCAUAUUUUGAUCACUUCUACAAUGUUCCUGGAAAGUCACAACAUCCCAUCGGUGGUCAUUGCUUUACGGUCUCUCACGCGAGAUGGAAAAAAUGUAAAGAAAAAGAGCCUUGGGUUGUGAAAUUAUGUGAAUUGUCAAUUCAUGGAAAAUAAAUAUGAAUGAACCAAC